AUGACGGUUCUAGGGAGUCACGAAUCCGACGAUAAGGACACCAUGUAUACAGAGCAGAGUGAGGUCCCCGCACACAACCGGAUCAUGCGUCAGAUGGCCCCAUCAGGAGAAUUAAAGAACGACGGAGGAGACGAGAUCAGGAGGCACGACGGACCGGGAAGGGCCUUGGAGGACUUUCCGGAUGAAAUCGACGAAGCAGAGGGUGUAGAACCAAUGGCGGAAGAGGAUGAUCUGAGACCCGACCAGCGGGAAUUCAUCACCCGCGAGUUGGCGCUUUUCAAGGAGCUUCGUCGGAUUAUAAUGCGAGACGAUAAACCCUUGAAACAAAGGUACUACCCAAGGAACCCGGCAAUGCAGAGCGUGAUCGACACCCAAGUUGACGAACUACUCAGCGAAGACGCCAUCGAACCUUCGCGGAGUCCGCAUAGCGCACCCAUAGUGUUGGUCAAAAAGAAGACGGGUGAAUGGCGCAUGUGUGUUGAUUAUAGACAAUUAAACGCUCACUCAGUACCCGACGCGUACCCCUUCCCCAGGAUCAACCACAUUCUGGAGAAGCUACGGCAAGCCCGAUACAUUUCGACGCUGGACUUAAAGCACGGUUAUUGGCAAAUACCCAUGGACAAGGACAGCCUCCAAUUCACGGCCUUCACCGUUCCGGGCAGAGGCCUAUACCAGUGGAAGGUCAUGACCUUCGGGCUUCACUCAGCAAGAGCAACCUUUCAACGCGCUUUGGAUGGCGUGAUUGGUGCGGACAUGGAGCCGUUCGCUUUCGCCUAUUUGGACGAUAUCAUCGUUAUAGGCGCCACGGAGGAACAACAUUUGUCCAAUCUGGCCGAAAAAGGCCGGAAGUGGUCGUGGGGUCCCGAACAACAGAGUGCGCUGGAGGAGGUGAAAAGGAGGUUAACCACCGCCCCCGUGCUAGGAUGUCCCGACUUCGACAAGACGUUUGUGUUGCAAACUGACGCUAGCGACGUGGGACUAGGAGAAGUCUUGUCGCAAGAUAUCGAAGGCCAGGAGAGGGUCAUCGCCCCCUCCGGUCGGGUAGCGGGUAGAUGGGCGCUGGAGUUGCAACAAUUCCAGUUCGACGUGCGGUACCGACGCGUGAACGUGGUGGCGGACGCGUUAUCCCGGCAACCCUGUGAAGUCUUGCAACAGAUGGCCGAGGUGGAGACACACUGUAAAUGGAUCCAAGGUAUGCAAGUUAAGAUAAGAGAGUACCCCGAGAAGUUCUCAGACUACAUGAUGAAAAAUGGACAACUAUACCGGAAUUUGGGACACAGAGCGGAUGACGAGGACUACUUCCCGUGGAAGCUGUGCGUCCCUAGUUCAAAUAGGGUCCGAGUCCUUCGAGAAUGCCACGACGCGCCCACGGCUGGACAUCUGGGCGUCCGAAAAACCAUUUCUCGACUAUCUCAGAGGUAUUUCUGGCCCGGCAUGUUUAGAGACGCGAAGCGUUACGUCCAGCGCUGCGAGUCGUGCCAGAAGUUUAAAACCGCCCAGACGAAAGCGGCAGGCAAAAUGCUAACCCGCGUAACAAGCGAACCGUUUGACGUUUUAUGCGCAGACUUUGUCGGCCCGCUACCCCGGUCGAAGCACGGAAACACCAUGCUCCUCGUAUUUCAUGACAUCUUUUCUAAAUGGGUGGAGUUGAUCCCGAUACCGAAGGCUACCGCCGCCCAGGUUCAGAAAGCAUUCCGGGAACGGAUACUGGGUCGGGUCGGCAUCCCUCGGAAGUUCGUCUGUGAUAAUGGUACUCAAUUUACCAGUCGCACUUUGAAAGAGUACUUCAGCACGAUAGGGGUAGAGGUCCAAUAUACUGCCCCGUACUGUCCACAAGAGAACCCUACCCUACUCGAUCAGGUCUUGACCAAGAUCCAGGGGACCGGUUGGGACGGGUCGUUCAUGAAGGAGUUGACCUCAUCCAUAGCGACUCCGAUAAAACCUCGAGACGAGUUAGCCCCGUUACCUGAAGGUUGGAUUGGGACGGGCGAACUCCGGCGAUUGCCGGCAUCGGCCAUUCGUCUGAUCGCCGAGAGGGCGCCCGAUAAAGCCGGACGAGGACACAGCGUUCGCUUCGCCGUCAAGGGCAUGGAUUGGCAUUACCUCGUCACCGUAAAGAGUGACGGGGGCUCAUCAUCAGCCCCCGGUAGGAAAGGGGUGGGUGUGACGAUCCCGCCUGACGGCUAG